AUGAAUUCGGAUGUUAGUUGGAAUCCUUGGAAUUCUAGGAAUCCUGGUAGAAAGAGGAAGUGGAGGGAUCCUGAAAUCGCGGCUGAAAUGGCCGAUGAAAUGGCACGUGAAGGUCCAUCAACAGCACCCAAAUCUUACCCUGUAACUACAACACCGACAAGUGCUUCAAUAACCCAGAAAACAACGCAAAACAGCCACCUCACACUUAUAAAGAACCCUAUCAUCUCUAAACACUGGCAGGAGUUCUCCGUAAAGACCAAUCUAGACAAGAUUUAUCUCUCAGAGCAUAUUAUCCCCUUAUACAAGUCAUUCUUUGGAAAGUCUUCCUUAGAAGGUGCUACAAAUCGCAAUAUGCACCUUCUAUACAAACAAGACGCUCUUGUUCUCCUCGUAGAACCAACGUCGUCGACACUGCACGUUGCGCGCAUCAUAGACUUUGACAGCAUCGAUUCCAUCAAAAUACGCGAAUCUAAAGGCAAAGAGCCCAUGUUCGGCUUCAAACUCAAGCCAAACUCGCUCGUAUCAAUAUACCUCAAGCAAUUCAACUUCAACAACGAUGAUUGGAUCACUCUAUUCCCUGACAGCAGACAUCCUCUCUUCCUACCCGACAACGAGAGCAAAUUGGUUUACAACCUCAAACUCCUUGCAAAAAAGGAGAAGGUCGAAAUUGUCAAAUUACCAGACGAGCAAAUUGUCUCUUUAUAUCAUAAUUGUAUUAGUUGA